GAAAGCUUACCAGUCAUAUGAUCGAUUUGUGAUUCCUGUCGCAAAUCGUCGUUCUCUACGUUCGUCGUAAAGAUGGCCAGCCAGACGCAGGGAAUUCAACAGCUCCUGGCAGCGGAAAAGCGAGCCGCCGAGAAGGUUUCGGACGCCAGAAAACGUAAAGCCCGUAGGCUGAAACAAGCAAAGGAAGAAGCUCAAGACGAGAUUGAAAAGUACAGGCAGGAGCGUGAGAAGCAAUUCCGUGAAUUUGAAGCCAAGCAUAUGGGUUCAAAAGAGGAUGUAGCUGCACGUAUCGAUGCUGAUACUCGAGUUAAGAUCGAAGAAAUGAAUCGAGCUGUGGCUGUACACAAAGAUCCUGUCAUGCUUAAGAUCUUGGAGUUGGUCUACGACAUUAAGCCGGAGUUACACAAGAACUAUCGUGAAGCUUAAACCACAAAAUGAGCCUCCCUGCAUACGAUAAUUAUAAAUACUAUAUUAUAUGAUAUACAUGUACAUUAAAUAUUAUCUUCCUAUAUAUAUAUAUCAUACCUUGCAAUGUAUGUAUCUAUCGUCGUUCUAAUGUAUUUAAUUCAAAAGGAUAGUAUACUGUUUAGCUUUAGACGGUGAUACUCAAACUCCUAGAAACAUCUCCGCUGUUGCACGCAGUGACCUUUCAUCCACCAGUCGACACGACAAUAAAUGUAAUCGUAAUCUAUAUGUUAUCACCGCAUCCGCUAUCAUCGCGAUGGAUAGUUUGAGCAUUGCUAUAGUUGUACCGUAAAAAAAAAAGAUUAUAUUUAACGGAAACGCCGCGUCCUGGUGCGCAAAGGCCUAGUACGCACUAGGACGCUGCAUAGUCGCUAAGAUAUAUAUUGAAAAUGAUUCUAGGGUGGUGGCUAUGAAUUGUAUAUUGUUAGACGUAUCUUAGUAGGUGUCAUUCCAUGUUUCUGUAACGCCGAGGAUUAUACAAAUCUUUUCACAUUAAUUAGUACAGCCUCUCGCGGUUCACGGUGCCAGCUCCCGGUAAUUCGAGGACCACUAGACGAUGUACGAUACCUUUUGCCUUUGAUUUGCCGCUGUUCGAACCUCUUAAAACUUUGUUAUGUAAGAAAUUCGAUAGCCCUACCUCAAGCGUACACCUUACCUCUGUAAGUUGUCUGGCUGUCUGUACAGUAUUAGUGUUCGAAAUAAAACUGAAAAAAACAUGGUAAAAUGUCCAGAAAAAAAUGGGAAUUCACGAUAA